AUGUUACAACAAUUAUUCAAGCACCUGCGCUUGGUCGGUCUGUUGACUGCUGCUGUGGCUGGUUUCCUCGUGGCAUUGUUAGCGGUCCACCAACUUGUGCUUCCCGUCGUCGGUUGGAUCUUCCCUUCCCUGGAAUCAACAUUCUUUGAUCUUGCCGUCUAUGGUGGUUACCCACAAAGGAGUUAUGUGUCGCACAACUUGACCUCGCCAGACUUACAACAAGUACGAUGGGACGACAAAUGCGACAACGGCUUCAUCUUUAUCUCUCCCCAGGGCAAAUCAGUCGAACAUCCAGGACCUAUGAUCCUGGACGCCAGAGGAAACCUCGUGUGGCAGACAGACCAGUAUGGACAGGCCAUGAACUUGAAGGUCCAGGAAUACAAGGGUGAAAAAUACCUUACCUUCUGGGCUGGUCUCCGAGGAUCGAGCUAUGGCUAUGGAAACUACUAUAUGCUCGACUCCUCGUACCAAGAACGAUACCAAGUCUCAGCCGUCGGCGAGGGCCUCAAGGGCGACCUUCACGAAUUCACCCUAACGAAAGAUGGCACGGCGCUUAUCACAAUUUACAAUGCAUCACAAACCGACAUGACUGCAAUGCGAAGGCCAGUGGAUGGCUGGGUCAACAACAACCUGUUCCAAGAGAUCGAUGUCGAAACUGGCAAGUUGCUGUUCCAGUGGGAUGCACUGGACCACUUCUCUAUCAUGGACUCGUUCUACACGCAUCCGCUGGCCGGAUACAAGGAGUCGAUUCCGUUUGAUUGGUUCCACAUCAACAGUGUCGAAAAGGACGACCACGGCGACUACCUCAUUUCAUCUCGUCACCUCCACUCCCUAAUCAAGGUCAACGGCACCACUGGCGACGUCGUUUGGACUCUCGGAGGCAAGCAAAACAAUUUCAAAGACAUCUCAGCUGGUGAAGCCACAAGUUUCAGCUGGCAGCACGACGGUCGCUGGCUGGAUCAGGACCAAGGUACUCUUACCCUCUUCGAUAAUAGCGAUGCCGGUCCGCUCCACCUCGACGCCGCAUAUUCUACCGCACGCAUGAUUCAGAUCAACACGACCGAUAACACCGCCAAACUCCUACACAAAUACGUCUCGGACCGAUACACCCGCGCUGCCUCCCAAGGCUCUGUUCAAGUCCUACCAUUGACAAACACUGUUUUCGUGGGUUGGGGCCACUCUCCAGUCUUCUCGGAAUUUGACAUUGAUGGCACACUGAUCUGUGAGGCUCACUAUGGCGCACAAUACAUCUCGCACUACGGGCGUGUAACAUCUUAUCGCUCGCUCAAGGCUGACUGGGUUGGUGCGCCCGCUGAGGCUUCAAAGGCCAAGAUACAGGCUGGACGGCUAUACGCUUCCUGGAGCGGCGCUACCGAAGUUGCGACAUGGACGUUACAAUCUGCCGACUCCUGGAAAGAUGCCGAAUUCACCGAUGUCGAUGUAGUUGACAAGGUCGCUUUUGAAACCUCAUUCCUAUUACCGGAUGGAAGCCCAGAAACACGGUAUCGCGUUCUUGCUUCGGACGCCGAAGGCAACGCCCUUGGAGUCUCUGAGAUUGCGACCGAAGACACGACAACAACAGCAAAGAGUGUGUGGAGUGUUUUGCUCCCACUUGGAGGUUGUUUCGGUGUGAUAGUCGGCUUCUGGGCUCUGAGGCGCUUCCGAAAGGGAGAACGUGUCUUGCCCAAGUGGAAGAAGGGGACGAGCAGCUAUUCGCACAAGUACAGCCGCUUGUGA